AUCACAUGCCUAAAAUGAAUUUAAAUCAGAUAUAUGAUUGAUCGUUUCUUUAUCGUAUGCAUCGUGUGAUAAUGCAUUAUGCGGUUAUGCAAAACUGGAUAUACCUUUAUAAAUACAUUGUGCACCGGUAAAUGUGACAGGUUACCUUUUCUAGCAGAUAGUAUAUGAUAUGUGAUGACACGAAGCGUAUAGAAUAAGUUGGGAUUGCCCGGCUUUUUACAUUGUGAUUUGAUUUUUGAACGUGAAUUGAUUGAUAAUCUAUCGUACGCUUUGCUUCGUUUAUCUAUCAUCUAUAGUUAUCACUAAUUUUAUCAGAUAUCUGUCGAAGCUCUUUUAUCAUACCGAAUGCAUUUGUCAAACUGACAAUCUGUAACAAAUACAAUUGUUUCUAACGGACAAUGCGUGAUAUAAUACCAUGGAAUUCUACGAGAAUCCUCAUGGUGUGCCUUUAGAGAGCUUGCAAUUAAAAGUGGAUAAUGAUGGAAUGGUUAUUGCAAUAAAUGCACUGAAUUCGAGGUGGAUAGAUAAACGUUAUGUAUUACAUUAUGAAAUGCCACAAAUAUAUAAUGACGAUGGUUCUGAAAUUCCGGGUACCAAACAACACUGGAUGGAGGUUACAAAUUAUAUCAUUGAAGAUCUAAAUUGGUUACUUCAUCUUCCAUUUUAUCGGUUCUGGUCCAAUAUUGUUUAUAAUACUUCAAUCAUGGAUACAUUAAUAUCUUUUUUACAAGAAGCUCCACCUUUUUAUGCAUUAGAAAAUUUUCCUACUAUACCAGAAAUGUUGGAAACGUUAGAAAAGCUUCGCUAUAAUGUACUUAUGGUCUUUGCACGUCUUGUUACAAACAAAGAAAGUUUGACAGAAUAUAUGAACCGUCCAUUUCAUGGGAAUUUAUUGUACGAUAAUUAUCUAUUUACAAUACCUAUUAUAUUUGACUUGUGUCAACUAUAUGGUAGAGAUAAUGCCAAAGUUACAAAGAAACUAAUACAAAGUGUAUUUAGUCUGCAACCAAUGUAUCUUGAUGAUCUUCGAAAAUCUGUGCCAUGUUUAAUAAAGGCUCUUGAAAAUGUUGAACGGAGAUUUAAAGAUUGUCCAGUUGACAUAACUGAAGCAGUGGCUCUUUCGGAAAAAGAAAAUAAUUAUGCAGAGAUGACAUUAUAUAAUUUAGAAGACUUAAUACUGUACAUUCUAGAUAUAUCAUCAACUCUUACUGUAUUAUUACAAAGUUACAGUCCAAUAAUUGCCAUAUUUCAUACGGAUGACUUUAUGAACAAAAUAGUUUUGUUAUAUGGAAAUACAAUACCUGAAAUGUAUAAGAAAUUAGACAAAUUAGCAUAUAAUGAAGAAAAUAUGCCAAAAUACAUCGAACUAAAGCAUCGUCUUGAUGUAACCAGAGUGGAAAUACUGAAUCUUUUUCGAAUUAUUCUUUAUGAACCUAUAUUGGAUAUUUUUAAAAAACUAAAUACAAUAACAGAAGAUGAAACAAGAAAUUGCAUAGAUGAAUACCUGAAUUUAUUGAUGAAUGCUAUAUCUGAGAAGGAAUUUAUUGUGGAUUAUCAUCAAUUUUACCCAAUUGGCGAUGAUCUCGAAACUGUGUCCAAACUUUGUCCUGAAAUUGAUACAAUAAAACGUGAAUAUAUCUUACACUCGCUGUAUACAUCAAUUGGAGAGACUAAGAUGCCAGCUAAUGCACCCCUUAAUUAUGUAAACGUACCUGUUGCUGGAACUAGUGGCAUUCAAAGCAAUCAGCAAGAUAAACAAUACAAUGAUGUGAACCAUAUAAACAAUAAGACAGAAUCUACUUUUGAAGAUCCUGAGAAAUUAAUGUCUCUUAUUUCAAACGUGAAAGAAAUUUUAUGCGAUUGUGGUGAAGGUUUUAUACAGUUAUGUUUAAAACACUAUAAUUACAAUGUUGAGUCUGUAAUAAAUGCGGUCAUUGAAGAUUCUUUACCACCUAAUUUGAAAGAUUACGACACGCAAAUACCAUACAUACCACCGGAUCCAAUGGAACCAUCUGCUGCAGUAGAUUUGGCCAUUGGUGUUCAAAGGUUAAACAUUUUCGACAAUGAUAAAUUCGAUAUUAUGACAAACGAUGUUAUAGACAAUUCAAAGAUUCAUGUGGGAAAAAGAAGAGAUAAGUACAGAAAUGCAAAUGAAAUGUUAAACGAUAAAUCUGAAAUUAAGAAAUCUAGAAAUAUUUAUGAAAAGUAUACUAUUAUUGAUGAUUAUGAUGAUGAAUAUGACGACACAUAUGACAGCCAUAAUAUUCGUGAUAGUGCACCAGAUGAUUCAACAGAAAUAGAUGCUAGGCCUUUCACCAUUCCAAAGAGUAUUCCGUGCAAGCAAUAAAAAUAAUGCUAGUUCUGAGGAUGAGACAGAAGUUGAAGAUGAGAAACCAACACAAAAUAAUGAUCAUUUCGUAUCAAAUCCAGCGGAGUUGCGUGCUAAAA